AUCUCAUCUCGGCACCAGAACAUCGGAGCAGCAGACGAAGCCCGAAAGGAGCAGAGAGCUUUCUUUGCUCGUGCAGCUCACUCCCGUUCCCGACAAUCACCUCGCGCUCGCAGCUCGUUUUUUUUACAGCUGAGCCUCCCUUUACCCAGGAUUUUCCUUGGAAGUCUUUUACAGAAGGAGAUGCAGGAGGAGGGAAUCGAAAGCCCCCGGGCUCACCACGCCCAUGUGGGUGUUGCCAAUCGGGCUACUGCCCGUCCAAUCGGACUACUGCGCGCUCGCAGCUCUCGAAAGGCGGUUGUCUGCAUCGGCAUGGACGCGGGAGACGCCAUGGAGAGGGGCGAGCUCUCGCCGCUCCUGCCCGAGAGUCACGGGUCGAAGAUUCAGGACGAUACCCUGCAAGUGCCACUCAUCAGGGACAAAAAACGCACAGGCAGCAAGGCACCAGCGGUAGUUCUAGGGUUCGAGUGCUUGGAGAGCACAGCGUUCAAUGGCAUCUCGACGAACCUGGUGGUGUACCUGGAGACCGUCCUCCACGGCAGCAACCUCGCGAGCGCCUCCAACGUCACGACGUGGUACGGCACGAGCUUCCUCACGCCGAUCUUCGGCGCCAUCAUCGCCGACACCUUCUGGGGAAACUACAACACCAUCCUGGUCUCCCUCGCCGUCUACCUUCUCGGGAUGAUGCUGGUGACCUUCUCGGCGUUCCUGCCGACGGCCACGGAGCUCGGUGGCACGUCGGUGUUCGGCGCGCAGACCAUCGUGUUCAUCGGGCUGUACCUCGUGGCGGUCGGGAGCGGCGGGGUGCGGUCGUCCCUGCUGCCGUUCGGCGCGGAGCAGUUCGACGACGACAACGCGGUGGACCGGGAGCGGAAGGCGUCCUUCUUCAGCUUGUUCUAUCUCUGCAUCGACUUCGGUCCGAUCGUCUCGGGCAUUUUCAUCGUGUGGAUCCAGGAGAACGUCAGCUGGGGCCUUGGCUUCGGCAUCUCCACCGCCUGCAUCGCGCUUGCCUUCGGCGCCUUCGUGCUUGCAACGCCCAUGUACAAGCGUCGUAUGCCGACCGGCACGCCGCUCAAGAGCCUGUGUCAGGUCGUCGUCGCCGCCUGCAGGAAAAUCGGCAACAGGGUGCCCACCGACGUUGGCAUGCUCCACGAGGUCAGCGACAAGGUCGACUCCCAGCCCAAGAUCGCGCACACCAGCGAGUUCACCUUCCUUGACAAGGCAGCCAUCAUCUCGGAGUCGGACUUGGAGGAGAUAUCGGAGGAGGUGGGCUCGUCGUGGAAGCUCUGCACCGUGACGCAGGUGGAGGAGCUCAAGAUCCUGUUACGUCUGCUGCCCGUCUGGACGACCAGCAUCAUCGUCUCCGCGGCGUACUCGCAGAUGAACACCACCUUCAUCCAGCAGGGCAGCGCCAUGGACAUGUCCAUCCUGUCGGUGCCCGUACCGGCGGCGUCGAUGGGCUCGUUCGAGGUGGUCUGCGUCCUGACAUGGGUGCUGCUCUACAGCAAGGUGAUCGUACCGGCGCUGAGGGGCUUAUCCGGUGGCGACGGCGAGCCGUCGCAGCUGCAGCGCAUGGGCGCCGGGCGGCUCCUCAUGGCGCUCACCAUGGCGGUCGCGGCGCUCGUGGAGAUGAAGCGGCUUGACAGCGCAGCGCGCGCCGAGGCGAUCGGCAUCGCGUGGCAGAUUCCGCAGUACUUCUUCCUGGCUGGCGCGGAGGUGUUCUGCUACAUCGCGCAGCUGGAGUUCUUCUACACCGAGGCGCCGGACACCAUGAAGAGCACGUGCACGUCGCUCGCGCUGCUCACCAUCGCACUGGGCAGCUACAUGAGCUCGCUCAUCUACGCCAUCGUGGCAGCGUUCACGGCGACGGCGGAAAGCCCCGGGUGGAUCUCCGACGACCUCAACCAGGGCCACCUCGACUAUUUCUUCUGGACCAUGGCGGCCAUGUGCACGCUCAACUUAGUCGUGUAUAGCUCGUUCGCCAAGAACUACAAGCUCAAGACGGUGCUGUCAUGACGUGUUUAUCCGCUGCUCUGCUCGCUUCUCGUCUGGAAGAUUCCAUUACAUUGUAGCACAAUUGCCAAUCAGUGAUUGGUGAAGGGUAACUAGAUCGUACUGGCUCAACGGCAAGUACAUACAUGUUAGCUAAAACACUGAAACGCGGUUGCAGGUGUCGCUCUUGCCGGAUUUUUGUCAGAGAAAACCGCACGGCUCACUCGUCCAUACAAAACGCGAUGAACUGAACAGGAUGGACAGAUCAAUUUUGUGCUGCGAUGAA